GUUUCUAUUUGUGAUGUAAUGUAAUGACUCUCGAAAAGAAUUUCAAAUUUACACAUGAAAUUCUAGUUUCUGGUAACAAUAAACUGCAGUCUGGACCAGUCUGGACAACUGUUUAUGCGUCGAGAAUAUAUAGUUGCAUCGCGUCGUUGCAGUUGAAAAGCUUGAAGAUAUUGAAUUUGUGAUCCUCUUGGAUGCAGCAGAGGGCCCUGUUCAAUUUCGUGCAUAUUUCGAGAUGUCAACUGGUUGAUAUUGCUUCACGAGUUACGUCGACGUUGUUACGUUUCAUCACAAAUACUUUUGUAAUCUGAGGGUACAAUGGAUACAGAACUUGUCGAAAAAUUCGUAGAAGUGACGGGAGAGAGUGAAGCUACAGCUCGUCAAUACCUGUCAUUGACUGAUGGGAAUGUAGAAGCUGCAAUAAGUUUAAUGUUUGAGGGAGCUCAAGCACCUGAACAGCAACAUGUAGAACCUGAAUCAGAAGUGAGACCUCCUAUUUUACCUACCCAAGAAAUAUUAGUGCCGUCCGAUCCAGUUUGUUCUUUCCCAAGGUUAUCAAAUAAUGUGUUUGAUAGAUUCAGGGAUUUUGCAGUAGAAACCCAACGACAAGAAGAAGAACUGGCUCGUAGAGUAGCUGGAGUCAAACAAUUCUCUCAACGUAAAUCAAAGAGAUUGGAAGAUUUAUUUCGACCACCAUGCAGCAUCCUCUUCCUGGGCUCUUUUUUGGAAGCCCGUGAACAUGCAAAGUCAUUAAAUCGUUGGUUACUUGUAAAUAUUCAAAAUUCUCAAGAAUUUGCCUGUCAAAUACUUAAUAGAGAUGUGUGGUCUAAUCAGCAGAUUCAAGAAAUUGUAAAGGAUCAUUUCGUUUUGUGGCAAGUUUUGUCCAAUACUAAUGAUGGAAAACGCUAUAUUGAUUUCUACAAUGUAUCUGAGUAUCCCUACUUAGCUGUAAUAGAUCCCAGAACAGGAGAAUGUAUGCAAAUUUAUAAUCACAUUACCGUUGAUAUUUUAAUGUCUGCUUUAAAUGAUAUGCUAAGUACUCAUCCAUCACCAGAAUGUGUAUCAAGUGAAUCGUUUAGUUCUAAAAAAUGGAACAAUUGCACUGCAACAGCUACAAAUGAAAAUUCUGUGUCAAAUCCAAUGAUGAGUGAUUGUAGUAGUAGUAGCACUAGAACUUCCAAACACGUGAUUGAUAAUUUAAAUGAUUUGGAUAGUCACAAUGGGAUAGCAAACAUUCAAAGUUCAAGUUCAAAUUCGAGUUUAAGUUCAAGUUCAAGUACAUCGACUAAUGCUUCUGAAAAUAUAAAUAAAAAAAGGAGAAUGGACGAGUCAGAUUUGAAAAAACAAAGUCAGGAUACCAAUGCAAAGGUUGAAUCGUGCGAAUCAAAAUGUGAUUUGAACAAAAUUAAAACUAAUAGCGAAUCUAUAAGACUCUGUUUAAGAUUGCCAAAUGGUAAAAAAGAAACAUUAUCAAUGUGUGCAACAGAUACAAUAGAAGAUUUUAUAAAUAAAAUGGGAAGCUUAGGUUAUGUCUCAUCUGACCAUAGUUAUUUGGUACCAUUUCCGAAAACAAAUAUUGGGGAACUUGCUCCGGACAUACAUUUGUCAGAUACAAUUUUGUUUCCAGCUAACACAGUAUUCAUAACAAAGUUAUAGUAACAUGUUAGAACAAGAUAGUAUACUGCAUUUAUUUUCUUUUAAAUACCAAUUGGAACAUAUCUUAAAUUUUAAAAAUAUUAUACAACUUAAAAACAUAUAGCUAUACACUACACGCGUAUUCGACUAAUAUUUCGGUACAAUUGCGAUUUUAUUAUUUGUCGAUAUUUGAUACUUCCGUAUGAUAAUUAAACGAACCUUUAUUAAGAGUACUUCGCAUCAUCUCUUAUAUUCAAAUGUAAUUAUCGUCGGUAUUUAUUAUUUAUCGGAAUUUUAUUUAAUCAAUUUAUUUUUCAAAAAGUGCUAAACAAAAUUAUUUAAAAAGAAUAUAUGUUAAGUAUUUGAAUUAUAUACUCUGUACAAUACAACUUUAUGUGUAUUAUUCCUAUAAAGUCGUAUUAUUAAUAAAUAUGGCGGACCUUAAUACAUCUUCACAUUAAUAAUAAUUCAAUAAUUUCUGUUAACAUUUAAUAUUUAACCCUCGGAUGAGAGGCCGUGAACAAUUACAAUUAGGCCACAAGUGAGCUACGCGACUUCCUCUUAUGUUUGAAAAUUCUUUUUCUUUAUUUCAGAAAUAUGUAUCGUACAAAUAUAAAUACAAAUCGAAGAACAAAAUAAUAUUAUAGACCUUUGAUGUAUUUUAGAUGAGCGCAGAAACAUCCCUCCUUGCUCGCGACACACUGAAUUGCUAUAUACAUCGAAAUAAAAUAAAAUUCUGCUUCGACAUAAACAUUGAUCGAGGUAUCGUAUGUCGAGCAAACAGUGAAGUCGAGCUUCAUAAAUUUACAUCCAAAAAGCCUCAGCCGUGCGGGGGUUAAAUAAAUGGAGUGACAUCAAUAAAUACUGACGUAUUUGUGAUAAACUGUAUAUUAGUAAUAAGUAUUCCUUUUAUUUCAUUUGAAUGCAGAAUAUCCGAAUAUUAUAUUUCAUGUUUUUAUAAUUAUUACUAAUCUAUUAAGAAUUUAUUUGCUUAAGAAACUUAAUGUUCAACCAUUUAAUUUAAAUAAAAAAUAUACAAGAUAUUUAGACAAUAUGUACCAACACUUAUCUUUGGAGGAACAUCACAUUUUUCAAGAAUAAACGUCUGUUAACAAAAUACUUAAAUUAUUUUGUUUAUUUACAUUAAUGUAAUACAAAGAUAAUAGAUUAACAUAAUAAAGAGUUAUAUUACAAAAUAGCGAACAUUAAAGAUUUCUGUGAACUACGAUACCUGUACAAAUGACACGAUUAUUUAUAAUAUUAUCACACAUGAUAUACAACUACGACAUAUAUCAAACAACUAAAAAGAUAAAUAUUAGUUAUAAUUCGCGAGUAAGGUUCCAACUUCUAGACUUGCAGACUAGUUUCUUACAUGUAAAAAACUUUAGAUAAAUUGGUAAUAUAAUUUUAUUAUAUACUUUUCUAAUUUUGUUAUGAAAAUGUUAAAAUACAUUGUCCUCACCGUGUUACUUAUUUAGGAACAUUUUCCCAUCAAUUUAAGGGGGCACUGGAUGAUUAUUAGUGAUAAAUAUUCACUGGCAAACGUUGUUAUAAUUUGAUGUGCAAAGCAGGUUACUACUGAAGCGAUUGGGUAAGAGUUGUCUGUGUGCGCAAGAAUAUACCAGUGGAUUCUUC